UUGUAUUAGCCGGAGCCGGCUCGCUAAUGGUGGACGCGUGAGGCGAAGGAGCGCGCGGCGGCGGGAGGCCGGAGCGGGCAGGCGGCGGAGGCGCCAUGUCCGUGAACAUGGACGAGCUCAAGCACCAGGUCAUGAUCAACCAGUUCGUGCUGACGGCCGGCUGCGCAGCCGAUCAGGCGAAGCAGCUGCUGCAGGCGGCCCACUGGCAGUUCGAGACGGCCCUCAGCGCCUUUUUCCAAGAGACCAACAUCCCCUACAGCCACCAUCACCACCAGAUGAUGUGCACUCCAGCCAACACCCCCGCCACGCCCCCCAACUUCCCCGAUGCCCUCACCAUGUUCUCCCGUCUCAAGGCCUCCGAGAGCUUCCACAGCGGAGGCAGCGGCAGCCCGAUGGCCGCCACGGCCACGUCGCCCCCGCCGCACUUCCCACUCGCCGCCACCAGCAGCUUCGCGGCACCCAGCUGGCCGGCUGCGGCCUCGCCCCCAGGGGGGGCACAGCACCACCAGCCGCAGCAGCCGCCCCUGUGGACUCCGGCACCCCCUUCCCCGGUGUCAGACUGGCCGCCCCUGGUCCCCCAACAGGCCGCCUCAGAACCCAGAGCCCACCCUGCCAUGGAGGCCGAGAGAUAAGGGAGGCCCCUCCCCCCUCCCGGAGGCCAGAACCCCGUGGGGCGGGGGAGAGGACGUCUCUGCGGGCCCCCUUCACCCUCUGUCUGCACCCCCAUUCCCCAGAGCCCUGGGGGGGAGAGACCGGACCCUUGUGCCAGUACGCAGGCUGCCCGCAUGCGUACCCAGCAGCGCGGGCCUGCGGCACCCAGCUUUCAUGGAUUUGGUUCAGAGUCGUCUGGGUGCUGGUGGACAGAACCUCAGAGAACAAGCAGCCUUCCCCCGAGGACUCACCUGCCCCACCCCACCCCAGGGGGCUGCGGAGCUCCCUGGGGCUGGUGGGCCUAGAUCCCCACCCUCGGGAAUGCAGAGCCUUCUCCGCAUGUGUGCGUGUCGCUGUGUCUGUGUAUUUAUAUGUAUGUCGCUCUUCGAGAAGCAACCUAGUUUAUGGGGCAGCUGGACUUUGCAUGUUAGAGUGAGCCCCCUCUCCCCUUGUCCGCCGUCCCUCUCCCCAGGGCCUUGCCCCUCUCCCCUGCCCCCUGGGCAGUCAGCCUUGCUGUUCCCUGCAGAGAAAAGGAUUGUGGGAAACUCCAGGACUCUUCCCACCCAUCCCCCAGCGCCUGCCUGCUGGGGCUGCCUGCAUGCCUCCCCAGAGCCCGGGGGUACCCCAUCCCCAGUUCCUUUCCCCCUUUUAACAAAGGAGAAGAAAGAGUUCCAAACCACCACCAGGCUCUGUGGUCUUGCCUCGUAUCCUAAGCUUUGCUGCCAGCUGGCCCUGUGUGGAGGGGGAGGGAGCCAACGGAGCCCAGAGCAGGGGCCCACCCCCCAGUCCCGCCUGGCUCCACACCGCUCCUGUCUGUUGCUGUGUUUUCAACCACAACAUGCUCUGGAAUCUUCCUGCCCACCCCAGGCUUUUCCCAUGAAGUUAGUUCCUGCCCUGUGUUCCCAGAACCCCUGCCUCCAUCUGCUCACCCUUCCCCCGUCCGACUGGACAGAUCCCGACCUCCAGGGCUAACAGCUGCCUUCCGGUCUGCCAGGGUUUCACAGAGGACUUUUCUUCCUGGCUUAGGGCCCCAGUGACUGGCUGCAGGCUGGACCCUCAGCCCAACCUCCAGCAAAUAUGCUGUGUGGGCAGGGCCCUCCCUUGGGGAGGCACAGGACACAGCACCCGUAGUAAGAUAGCAGGCUUGGCUGCAGAGCCCGUGGGGGCUAGCAGCAGGGACCGGACAAGGCUGAGCAGAGUCUAACCCACAGCUCAAACCUUUGGUUGCUAAGGAGACGAACCACUCGGGCAACAGUGGAUCCCCGGCUGCUAUCAAGCCAGGCUAGGGCAGGCACCUGUUCUUGCUCCAAGGGAGAAGCCAGGGCGCCCCACUCUGUCCUGGGCAGCCUGUACCAGUGGAGGGCAUCCCUGGGGCGGCUUUGGGAGAAGGUAGCCUUGGCCUUGUACCCCUUCGUGACGAGCUGGAACGUGGGGAAGGAAGGAGGCGGGGGCCUCUGCAGCUCUUCACUGGCAGACCUUACUCCCUAAUCUGGGAGAGCCUGCCAGCACUCAGCCCUCUGUGGACGGCGUCUGGGUUGGGGAGUUCUAUUUUGGAAGGUCUCCUGCUUGACAGGUGUCUCAGCGCCUGCCAUCAACAGUUCUGCUCUCGCUCCCCAGGGAUGCCGUGCUGCCACUUAGCCUCACCUCUGCCCUGUUGGAGCCUGGACAGGCUCUGCGGACCACUGUCUGUCCCCGCUUAUCACUGAAGACUGACCGCGGCGCCCCUGCUCUAGCUGUUGCUUAUGUUCUGGAAGUGUGUCCUCACCUUGAAGCCCACCCUUCUAAUGGCCUUCAGAGGGGGCGCAGCUCUGUCUGGGGUGCCUGUGGUGAGGGAAUUGCGGGAUGGG